CGUAUAAUUAUUUUAAUAUAAUCUUUUUUCUGUUUAAUACAACAACAAUCAUUCGUUUGUAAAAUAACACGAUCUUCAUAAAGGUUUAAACGAUAGAACUAUUCCUACAUCUGUGUAAACAUCUUUUCCAAUACAAGUAUUUCAAAAUUUAGCAAUGACGGAUAUUUGUAAUUUCGUAUUGAAAUUAUAAAAAACGUUCUACGAAGAUAAAUAUUCUCGGAUAAGUUAUAAUAUAUUUUGAACUUAUCGUAUACUACGUUGUAUACAAUAUUUCUAAUAGCACUAAAAGAGAGAUAACCAAAGUAUAGUCUAUAGUAAUUUCCCGUUAAUCGGUAUUUACUAAAACAUCGAUAAUAGUCAUGACGUACUUUCCCACAUACAACGGAACUUCGGCACGAUGUUUCAAGAACGGUCGUUGCAUGAUUCGAAGGCGAACUUGUAGACGUGUUAAUAAGUGUUGCAGCGUUAAAAAACUAUCGUGCCAUAAUCUCGCAAGAUAUCAACGAAUGUCAGUGGCAAUAAAAAGAUACGUAGUUUAACGAUUGCGUCUUAACAAUGUCCGAUAUAAAGUCAAUCGUGUCUAUUUGUUUAUCUAUAAACGCAUGCGAUCGUCGAUAUAGGAAGCUAUUUGAUGUCGUUAAAACGACACUAAUGACCUUGUAAGGCCAAAGCUAUCGGAAAUGCAAAUGCAGAUGCAGAUACAGUCUUUUCCUCUUUUCCUCUCUCUCUCUUUCUCUCUCUCUCUCUCCCUCUUUUUUUCUUCCUUUCUCUAUCCUUUAUUUACGCAUAGUAUAUAUAUGUUUAAUAUUUAUCACGAGCCAUUGUGCAAUCAAUUGAAACAUCGACCACGAUAGACAAUACAUACAUUCCGAAAUGUUUUUUAAAACAUAAGCGAUUUUGUUUUUUCUUUACUUUAAUCGUUUGCAUUUAAACCAUUGCCACGUAACGCAUCAUUAACUUACAUGACUGCUCGUCCGAAUUGAUCCGCCGGAAGAACAUUUAUGCAACUAUAGUUAACACAUGAACAUUUGUUUAAUAUACAAUAUAGAUAAUUGCAUGCAACCAACACCAUUACUGUUUAAUUUAAAAUAUAAAUGCACAUUUUUUUGUAUAACUAAGCUCUGCCUAUAUUUAUUAGGUUAAUUAUUACUUAACUGUUCUUUCCCUUCUUUACUUAUUUAUUUAUUUAUACACUUUUACGAACGAUAUUAGUACUCGAGAAUAAUGAUUUUAAAAUUGUUCCAUCGAAUAAAAAUAUAUAAACAUAUAUCGUUCUCGUUUUAUAUCGAAUAUUUUUUCCAUUGUAAUACGUGGCUCUAAUCUUACGAGAUCGAAAAAGUAGAGCAAAAAUUAAAACACAAUAGUGACUCACGUUGUUCCACCUUAGACGCAACGCGACCGAAAUUCGUUUCGUUCGAAUAAAUACAAAUUUCCCGCUAGCACGUAUUUAAACUCAAGUAAUUAAAUGAGAAGGGAACGGUGAUGUCGAAAGAGAAGGGAAAUUAUCGCCUUCGAGAUCGGUCAAUUCGAUCUAACUAUUGCUCAUGACAUUCGAUUAUUCUAAAUUUUAUUAGGUCAUCAUUCGAUGUUUCGUUCCUAAAUCGACGACCUACUUUUAAGUUCUUACCAGUUAUCUUAUGUUUAUCGUGUCUUCGAUGUGCUUAACCCAUUUGUAAUGUAUGCGAGAUAUCGUCUAACGAUAUUUUAUCGUCGAUUUGGCGCGACCUUUGCUUCGGGAAAUCGAAAAAAUAUAGACGUUCAAUGUACAAGAAGGAUACGAUACUGUCCGGAAACAGAGCGUCGUACAGGUUAGGGUACCAAAGUAGGAUAUUACGGCCCUACACGAAGAAAGCCCGCGAGGUCUGCACGGUGGGAAAGAGAGAGGCGCCUCUGGUGCUUGGGUCGUACCGAAUGGCGUGCGAGAGAAAGAAAGAGAGAGACAGAGAUGCAGACUAGAGAGUAGAGGGGAAUAGAAAGAGAAAGAGAGAGAGAGAGAGAGAAAGAUGGUGCGCGCGCUUGAGAGAGGAACGCGAGAGCCGAAGCACGCACCAUCGGAUAUCAAACCAGCUGGUUGGCAAGGGAGCCGCGCGCGAGCAGUUGCCAGUGAGACGCGGCAGCCCGCGAGCGUGUGUCAUUUGUUCGUUCGUUCGUACGGUGCGUGCGUACGUCCGCGGUACGUCUCCCAUCCGUCACCUUAAAAAUCCAUCAGUAAGCUCGUGCUCGUGCGUACAUUCGUCCGUUCGUAUAUUCGUUCGUCCGAUUCGAUUCAUUAGAAAAAAUCGUGAGUGGUGGUAGCUCCUCUGGCUGACCGCUCGUCGCUCAACCCACGACACCUGGCCCCCCUCGUCGAUAGACGUCUCUCUUUCUCUCUCUAUCUCUCGUACAUAUAUCUGUAUUUCUUUCUUUCUCUCUCUCUCUCUUUCCUUUCUACUACUCUUCGCGAUUGGAAGAGUGCACCGUUCCCGUCGCUCUAUCGCUCUUGCUUCUCUCUCUCUCCCUCUCUCUCUCUUUCUCUCUCUCUCUCUCUCUCUGUCUUUCUCCUUCCCUCCAUCUUUUCCUAUUUGCUGUGCGUGUGUGUGUGUCUAGUGUAGUAACCUGGUGUGUGCGCUGCGCUGAACGACCGAACCAAGAUGGCCGCCGAUUCAGGAAUGGAGACGUGUCCCUCCCCAGAGAUCGCAGACUCCAGAAAGCGACCGCUCGACUGCGACGCGGAGGAUGGCGCGACGAAAAGGUCCCACUAUGGAUCAGGAGGAGAUGGAACGUAUCAUCUCAAAGUAUUGGUCCCUGGUGUGGCCGCUGGUGCAAUCAUUGGGAAAGGUGGAGAAACUAUUGCACAACUCCAAAAAGAUACAGGAGCAAGAGUCAAAAUGUCUAAAUCGCAUGAUUUUUAUCCAGGCACUACAGAGAGAGUAUGUUUAAUAACUGGUAGUAUCGAAGCUAUAAUGUCUGUUAUGGAUUUCAUUAUGGAAAAAAUUCGAGAGAAGCCAGAUCUUACGUCAAAAACAACAGUGGAUUUUGAAUCUGGUAAAGCAAUGGCAGAAAGAGAUAAACAGGUAAAAAUCUUAGUGCCUAACAGCACUGCGGGUAUGAUUAUAGGAAAAGGUGGAAAUUAUAUUAAACAAAUUAAAGAAGAAUCUGGCUCUUAUGUUCAAAUUAGUCAAAAAGCUAAAGAUUUAUCUCUUCAAGAACGAUGUAUCACAGUAAUAGGUGAAAAGGAAAAUAAUCGAAAUGCAUUAUUGAUGAUCCUAGCAAAGGUAGCAGAUGAUCCACAAAGUGGAACAUGUUUAAACGUUAGUUAUGCUGAUGUAAGUGGCCCUGUUGCCAAUUACAAUCCUACAGGCAGUCCUUAUGCUCAAGCUCCAACAAGUACACCUACAUAUACUUCUACGGCUGGUCUUAAUACAGUAAGUCUCUUGAAUGGCGCUGGACUGAGCCUUAACUUGAAUUUAGGUGCUGCUAUCACUGCUGGUACAGCUCCAGUAACAACACAACUUUUAGAACAUAUAAAGCUGAACUUACGUACAACAGGUUUCUCAGAACCUGCUGCUACCGAAAUUUUAACCGCCAUUGCUACUCUCGCAAAAUACAAUAUCCUUGGGAUGGGUAUUGGGAUGCCAUCAAGUAUGAGUUAUUUGGGAAAUCCAAUGGAUAGCACCACAACAGCCAAUGGUUCUAAUAAUAAUGGUGGAGUCUUCGGGCCAAUUGGAACAGUUCCUGCGCUGGGAUCUACUUCACCUACUCCACGCAAUACACUCGAUAGAUACGAGCCUUUCGAUCCAUUUAGACAGAACAACACUGCUGCCAGUGCUAUUCAUCUGAACAACAAUUCAUUUGGUCUGGGCACUAACCAGUUAUCACUUGUAAGUAAGAGUCCUACACAGGUAGACGCCAACAACAAGGAGACCAAGAAAGUAGACAUAGAAAUUGCAGAGGUUAUAGUGGGAGCUAUUCUGGGACCCGGUGGUCGUGCCCUCAUUGAGAUUCAGCACCUAAGUGGCGCCAACAUACAAAUCUCUAAGAAAGGCAUGUUUGCCCCUGGUACCAGGAACCGCAUAGUGACUAUCACGGGUUAUCCCAAUGCGAUCGGCACUGCUCAAUACUUGAUCGAGCAGAGGAUUAGUGAAGAGGAAGCAAAACGAGCACGUCAAAAUGCCAUCGCCAGUAUGAUUCACUGAUUUCAAGUACAGCAUUCUUGAUCAUCUCCAUUAUCGGGCUCCGUUGUUCGCCUCUUCACACUUUGAGAUGCUACGGCAGCUCCUUUCUCCUUUCUUUAACACUUGUCCACUACCACCACCUACCACCCGUUGUCAUCUAUCGCUGCAUCACUAUAGCGCUUGCAUUCUCUCAUCACUGUUCAUGCAUCCAUCAUGGCUCGUCAACAUUGAUCUAUCUUUUAAGGUUAUUAUGAUAUAAAUAUUAUAUGUUAUAUGAUAACUACUACAAUUGUUCUGUGAUACACCACAUUACGGGGCUUUAUCACAUAUAAUACACACGUACUACAUCAGAGUCACAUAAUAUAUCUAGUUAUACGAUAUAAUAUAUUGACAGGUGAUCCGACAAAACUGCUAUGAACUAGAUGUGGUAUGCUUGGCCACAAACCUUUAAGAUAUGUGGCUAGAUGCUACGGAGAAUCAUCUUUCUUCUUUCUGUUUUUAAUAAUAUAUUGACUGAAUAUUACUUGAAAUUUAUGUCAUACAGAACUCAUUUGAAAGUCUUUAAAUGAGACGUGAGUAUUUCACUCAGUUUCAUAAAAAAAAUUCAUUUUUGUUUUAUCAUAUCUAAAUUAUUAUGUUAAAUUGUUCCUUAAAUAGCAAAUGUCUAGGCUAAACAAGAUCUUACUCACUUAACAUGUUACUUAAAGAAGCAUGUUAAGUAUAGAGUAAUACCUUGCCAAAACCAAAGAUUUUCCAUAUACAAGUUAAAGAUGACUUGGCUUGAAGUUGAAUAUGCAUACAGAAUAAGAGCUAUUCUAAAUAUGAACAUAUAUUUAUAUAUCAAAGCUGGCUGGACCAGUUAAGUACAUAAAGAAUAAUCAUUCACCAUUGCCAAGUAUCAUUUUUAACUCUAAAUCGUUGGAUCCAUGCAUUAAUAGAAUUUUAUCUAUUUUGUGUAAUAUUUAGAUAAGUAUACUCAAAAGUAGCAUAAUUUUUGACUUUAUUCUUCAUCAUAUACUCACUUAACGGUAAAAGCCUAUAUGUCAUAUCCAUUAAAAUGAUUACUUUUCUUAUAAUAAUAACAAAUAUUUCCAUAGCUUAACUGCACAGAGUUGGUUCCUUGGUUUUUAGAAAUAUAAUUAAUAUAUUAAACAAUCGUCUAAUUAUUUUUAAUUUUGAGAUAUAUUAAUUAAAUGGAAAUAAAUUUAAUAUAUUGCUAGAAAAUUUUCAUGUUAUUUCACAAUGUAGUAAUAAAUAGAACUAACAUGAUAAUACAUAAACAUACGUACAUACAUAUAUACAUACAUACAUAUAUACAUAUAUACAUACAUACAUACAUACAUACAUACAUACAUACAUACAUACAUACAUACAUACAUACAUUAUAGCACUUUGUACAUUGUCUACAUUGUAAAAAUAAUUUUUAUGCAUAUUUGUGUGCAAGUUACUGUUAUUGCUGAACACUGCUUUCAUCCACUAUACAAUUUUUUAUAUAAAACAUUUGCUAUUUGAUUGGAAUUAUGUCAUAUACUUCACAAUUCAUUAUAUUACAAAAAAUUAUAUGUUUCUUACAUAUGAGAGUGAAAUAUCAUCACGUCAUACAUUCCUGAGAUUUGUAUGACAGUUUAUGUAGAAUCUUGUCAAGUUUAUUCAUAUUAAUCUGAGCAAAACUCAAAGCAGACCCAUAUAAUUACUGUUUUUAAACAGAGUGGGGUCACUGUGUAAUGUAAAACUAUUUGGAACUCUUGUUUCAAUAUGAUGGUGUUCGAUCGAAUGCAGUCUGUGUUUACUCUUUUAUAAAAGAGGGCUAAUACUGACGUUUCAAAUCACUUUAUCUUUGCGGGUAGGUAAUAGGAUGGGGUGAUAUAAGAUAGGUGGUAAUUAAUAAUGGGUAUAGCAAAACUAGUAACUAAAAUUAUUAGCUGUAGCGUCUAAUGAAAUGUAUAAGUGUACAUGAGUACAAUUCAUAGCUGGAGGCGCUGGCUCACCGCUCUUAAAAAUAAUGACUUGUACAUUUAUAAAUAUCGCAUAACAUGAGUAAUAACAGUAAAAAUGAUAAAAUAAUAAUAUAUUACAGAGAGAGAGAAAUAUAUCUAUAUAUAAAUAUAUAUAUAUAUAUAUAUAUAUAAAGAUGCGUAUAUAUAUACACGAAGAGAUUGACAUAGACUUACAAAAAGAGAAUUCAUAUUAUUUGAGAUAUAAAUGAGACGCGUAUUCACGCAUAUUACGCAUACACAACACGAUAAACACGUACACAUACACAUUAUAGGUAGUGGAAUGAUAUUAUAAUAUUGUUGAUAAAAUAUUUGCGUCCGCAAAUGAAAGAACAGGUUUAUGUUUAACCAUAAAUUCUAUGUGUCGAUUAACAUUACUGUGUUGUCCAAACGCAUUGAAGUCACACAGGCACCAUAAAAUGCAAAAAAUAUUAGUUUGCUGUAGAUAGAAUUGUUAUAAAAUUCUAAUAGAAUACAUAAAUGUAAUUUAUAGCAUUAAUUUAAUUUGUGAAUUAGUCUAUUUUAAUAGCUCUGAUGCUAUUUAUAUUAUUGGCAGCAUAAUAUUUCUCUAUAUUAAUUAUAUCAUAGUAAUGUUUUACUAAUUAUCAUCACGUCAUUAUAUUAUAUCUAUCAUUGAUUAUUGUUAAUCUUAUAUUACUAUUCUUCCUUUCGCGUUUUCAAAAUCUUUAUGCAAACUUUCUUUCUUUUGACUGCCGGUAUUUACAUAUAUUAUAGAACUUAUAAAAAAAAAAUAUCAAUAAUCACAAAAAAUAAAUAUCAUUUCCUAAUAGUUAAUCAUUUUAUCACUUAAAAAAAUAUUUUAUUGGACACAAAAAGUUUACAAAUCAUUUCAACUUUUUUCUACUCGUUAUAUUCCAAAUCAUAAUUGUCAUAAUCACAUUACAAACAUAAGUAGUGAAACAAACAUAUUUUUAUGUAUUAGCUUUUCAGAAAGUUUAAAUUACUCAUUAAAACAAUAUAUCUCUCUAUGUAAAACAACUUGUGGGUAGCAUAAAUUAUGUGUUGUAGAUUUUUUCAAGUUAACACAUUCCUUAGUAGGACAGAAUAUGUUUAAGACUAGCUGUGAUGGAGUUGAUAAAGGGAUAUUUUUACCAGCAGCCAGUACAUGAAAAAUGCCACAAUAUAUUAAGCGUUUUAAAACUGUAGAAUUUAUUUGCGCAGGAAAAAUAACUUGGAUUACAAAAGUUCACCGGCAAGGAGAAGUCAAGAAUGGAGCUUCUUUCUACAUAUGUGACAAUAUUUGCAUGUGUACGUAAAUCAAAUGAAUGUAUAGUAAGUACUCCUUUAAUGCUACAUUUAUUAAGGUGUGCGUGUUAUAUAAUGCCGAAGUGUAAAAUUCUGUACAGAAAUCAGAGUUGCAUAUAGUGAAGAAUUGUCCAAUUGCAUAGAAAAGUGGAUAUGACUAGAGUCUUUUCUAAGUACCUCAAUUUGUGCCACUGGCAUAUAGUACAAGUAACUGCUUUCUAUUAUCGGUAUAUAUUUUGUUAAAUUAUUCUGAUAAUACUAACAUUUAGAUGUUAGUUAUGUUUAGAUAACACUUAUAAAGGUACCAUUAGAUACUAUCUAAUUGGCUCUACAUUGUACAGUUAUUUUUUGAAAUAAAGGCAAUAACAAUGUACAUGAAGUGGCAAAACAGUAUUGGUUCGCCAACCAGUUACCUACGAGUUGUUUAAAGGAGAAUUCAGUGUUGUAUCCACGAGCCGGCAGUCAUUGUUGAUCUUAGAUGAGUCUUACUUCAUGUAACACUUUGUUUUUGUACAGUUUGAGAUAUUUCAUCCACUAACUCAAUAAGUAACUAUGCGACAUGAUCUCUGUGUGUGUCGUAAUAUUUAGUUAUACAGAAUUAUUAGAUAUAGGUGUGUAGGUAGUCUCUUAAAUCUCUUAUGAAAUUAUCGUUACAGUUUCAACAUUUUAAUUAAUAAGGAUGAAAUAUUUGAAGUAUCUACCGAGUGAGUAAAUAAUUAUGCUCUCGCACGUGGAGAUGUAGUGUAGUAAUCAGGGAACUGUAGGAAUUGCAUUGACUCGCCUCAAUUCUAAUAUGACUAUUGUUACAGUAACUAUAAUUGAAUUUGACACAUGUUAUCACAAGAGAUGACAUGCGUGUCACAUUACUUGGCUGUGUGUGCUAGGCUACAUCCUGAAUCAUGCUCCAUCAUCCAUCACUCCACUCUCGCAUAGAUUACAUUAAUCUUUAUAAGAAAAAAAAUAACAAUAUCUUAUUGUUACAUAGUAAGUAUCUGAAAAAUCAACAAAUAUUUGAUACCAGGAAAAUUUCUACAUUACAUUUGUGUUCCAUCCAAUCACUUUAGUGCCAUAUUGAUACCACCAUCAGCCACACUUGUUGACACUUUGACAGUAGAACGUGUUGUUAAAGAUGUGUAUAUUCUGCAAAGUGCAGAUUGUUUUGAAUAAAGUCGGACUAUACUUAUUUCUCAUUAUAUAUAAAA